UGGCUGAAGCCAUGCUGCUGCCGCUGCGAGCCCUCCUGCUCUGCCUCUGCACCCUGCCGCCCGGGGUGGACCCCGCCGUGCCCCUGGAGGACUUCUACCCCUUCGGUGAGGACAGGGGGGACUCACAGACCAUCUCUCAGGACGACGGAGGCUCUGGACUCCAGGAGAUCUCUGUUGCCUUCCCCUUCUUUGGCGACCGGCACACGGGACUCUAUGUUAACAACAACGGCCUUGUGUCUUUCCUGAGGGAGGUCUCUCAGUUCACACCUGUGGCGUUUCCGAUUGCCGGGGACAGAAGGGUCGUGGCGCCGUUCUGGGCUGACGUGGACAACCGCCGCGCCGGGAGAGUCUUCUACAGAGAGAGCCAGGACCGGUCCAUCCUGAGGAGAGCUUCAGGCGACGUCAGGACCUAUUUCUCAGAGUUCCCCAACUUCAACGCCACGUGGGUUCUUGUUUCGACGUGGCAUCAAGUUACUUUCUUUGGAGGAAACUCAGAAACACCGAUUAAUACUUUCCAAGUGGUGCUGAUUACAGACGGAGAUCUUUCCUUCACCAUAUUCCAGUACAACAACAUCACUUGGACAACAGGCAGGCACUCCAGCAGCGGGGGGAACCUGGUGGGGCUGGGGGGGAUCGCAGCGCAGGCAGGUUUUAACGCCGGAGACGGCAAGCGCUACUUCAACAUCCCCGGCUCCCGCACUGCCGACGUGGUCAACGUCGAGCGGACCACCAACGUGGGCUACCCAGGCAGAUGGGUCUUCCGCAUAGACGACGCAAAUGUAGAAGUCGGGAGCUGCAACUCUGCAUCAGUGUGCCCUCACCUGCGCCCGUGCCUGAACGGAGGCCAGUGCAUCGAUGACUGCAUUACAGGAAACCCCUCCUUCACGUGCUCCUGCUUGGCUGGCUUCACUGGUCGCCGCUGUCAGAUCAAUGUCAACGAGUGUUCCUCCAGCCCGUGUCAGAAUGGAGGGAUGUGUAGUGAUCAGAUAAACAGCUUCUUCUGUCAGUGUCCUCCAGGAUACACUGGGAUGCUCUGUGAAACAGACAUCGACGAGUGUGAGGCCAGGCCGUGUCUGAACAACGCGUCGUGUGUGCAGGACGUUGGUAACUUCACCUGUGUGUGUGAGCCUGGUUACACUGGUGUCCUGUGUGAGACAGAUAUAAACGAAUGUGAGUCCCAGCCCUGCUUGAGUGGAGGACAGUGCAUCGAUCAGGUGGACGGCUUCAGCUGCGUGUGUCCUGCUGCCUUCACUGGAGCAUUCUGUGAAACAGAGCUGAUGACACAGCAGAUGAAUUCCUCAGAGGCACUGAAUCAAACAGAGGAAUGUCUUUGCCAAAACGGGGGCGUCUGCGUGGACACGAAUGGAACCUGCGAAUGCCCCCCAGGCUACACAGGACACUACUGUCAGUUUGAAGUAACUCAGACAGUGUGCAGCAACAGCAGACCAUGUCCCGAUGGGAGUCCGUGUUUGGAGUACGGAGGGACCUACAUGUGCACGUGUUAUACCGCAGUAGACCUCGACCCCAUGGACAUUUACCCCUAUGUACAGCCCCAAUCGGUCUGCGACUCCUCCCCCUGUCUAAAUGGGGGGUACUGCUACGAGCGAGACGGGGGCUACACCUGCGAGUGCAGAUAUGGAUUCUGGGGGAACCACUGUGAAAAAGUUAGACUCAGUACCUGUGCCUCUAACCCCUGCCGCAACGGAGGCUCGUGUAGGGAAGAGGCAGGAAGUUACAGAUGUGUGUGUCCUUACAGGUUCACUGGAAAACACUGUGAAGUGGGGAAACCAGACCCCUGCUCCUCCGGUCCUUGUCUGAAUGGCGGGACAUGUUUUCACUACUUGGGCAAAUAUAAAUGUGAAUGCACCGAGGCGUUCAGCGGCAGGCGCUGUCAGAUAAGCAGGAGCUCAGUGCAAACCUCUGCAGAGCUGGGCUGCGGGCCGCCCCCGCACGUCAAACACGCCGAGGUCCAGUUCUCCUCAACAACGCCGGGCUCCGUUGCCUCGUACAUCUGUCACUCAGGCUUCACGUCCGUACCCAGAGCCACUCAGAGCACCUGUGGCAUCCAGGGAGACUGGAGCCGGCCGCCUGUUUGCGAGGAGAUCAACGAGUGCCUGUCGCAGCCUUGUCUGAAUGACGGCUCCUGUCAAAAUAAGAUCGGAUCCUUUCAGUGUGUGUGCAAGGAGGGCUUCAGUGGAAACCGCUGUCAGAUAGACUCAAACGAAUGCCUGUCAGAGCCCUGCAUGAACGAGGGGACAUGUGAGGACCAGCCCGGCUCCUACCUGUGUCACUGCCCACAAGGCUUCAAAGGACAGAACUGUGAAAUAGAGCAGGACGGUUGUGACUCCAGUCCAUGUCUGAAUGGAGGUGUGUGUCGAGGCUACAGACAGUAUUUCAUGUGCGUGUGCAAAGACGGCUUCUUUGGGGAGCAGUGCCAGAUGUUGGAGGACCCCUGUGUACUGAAACCUUGUGGAAACCGUGGCCGCUGCUGGAGUGACAGGAGAGGAAACUACAACUGUGUCUGCAAAGUCGGUCUCACAGGCAAAGACUGCGACAAAGAUCUGCUGCCUCCGUCUGGUCUCCACGUGCUGCGUGUGGAGGAGAGCGAGGUGGAGCUGCGCUGGGAUCAGCCCAAGUCUUCACAGAGCGUGAUCAGCAUGUUCGCCGUGUCCUACGCUCCUCUGGGCCAAAGCAACCCCAGAACGGACUACCUGGACCGGCAGAGGUCCACCUACGUUUUGCGAGACCUGGAGCCCGGCGUGCUGUACAACAUCUCCACCGUCUCCAUCAAACUGAAAACCAACAGCAACGACUCAAGCCAGCCCGCCACUGCACUGAUUCGCACCAGACCUCAGCGAGUGGAACAGCUGCAGGUGGUUAAUGUGUCCUCCUCUCAGGUUUGGCUGAGCUGGCUGGUCCAGGCUGCUCAUCACGCAGCAGUCAGCAGGGUGCACGUGUCUUUAGUGCCUGCAGACGGGAGUAAGACUCAGACUGCUGCGCUCAACACAAGCACCACACAACACACCUUCAGCUCCUUACAGGCCGGUCAGAUGUACACAGUUCAUGUUCUGACUCAAAGUGGAAUCAGACCAGAUGAGUUUCCCUCCACCAGCCACUCAGCAGGACCGCUGCCUUUCUGGACUAGGCCUCACCCCCCACAGAACCUGUCUCUGUCACACGUGACCUCUAACUCUGCGAUGAUCACCUGGAGCCGCCACCCGAGAAACAUCCCAGAUGGGUUUGUGAUCAACGUGACCCGAGGGCUGAACACCAGGAGUCGCUUCCUGCCCAAUGGGAAGUUAGGCUCCUACACGCUCCGUGAACUGGUGCCGGGACAGCAGUACUACGUGGCUCUCAUGUCUGUUAAAACCAUAGAGCAGGAGCAGAUUCACAGUGUGCCACAGCACUUAGAGUUUACUACCUUGCCAGUUCAGGUGAGACAAGGGAGGAAAGAGAGGCCCACAGCGACAGGACAGGGGGCUCAGACUGGACGAACACUUUCUCCAUCUCAGCCUGAAGACCUGGGAGGAACAACAGGAACAGGAAACUCAGACGACUCGUUCAGAUACACCGAGCUCAUUGACAGCAGAGGAAAGAUAACAUCCAAGUUCAUGUAUUUGCCUCGGAAAACUAUUCGACAUCGAACCAAACCUGAUCCACCUAUCGUAUUAGAGAAGCUGGAGGAGACAACAAACAAAAUCAGCCUUGCUCUGGAGAUGGAAGAAAAAGGUUCGAGAGCACAGUCUGAGUCGCCUCAGGACUGCCGCAGCCGCUCCUGCCAGAACGGAGGAACGUGUGUGAGCGAGGGUGACGCUUUCAUCUGCAGCUGUGCAGCCAGGUUUAAAGGCAAGCACUGUGAACUGAUGUGCCAGCUAACGCCUCGUCAGUGCACCCGCAUCUACUCUGAAACCAAAAGUGUACCGGUGUGGGAGGGCGGAGUCUGCCGCUACCUGUACAAGAGGAUAUAUAAAGUACAGCAGGAUGUGUGUUACCGCGAGACGUGUGAACCAGUGCUUCCCAAGAAAAGUCAAACCAGAAGAAGAUCCAGACAAAAAUGAAGAGCACCUGGAUGCUGUUGACAAGACGUUGGGUACUGUCGUGUAAAAACCUCCUAGCUUCAGUUUUCGGUGUAUAUAAUCUACUUGAAGUAUCUGAUGAUGAUUGUUUUGUGCUGAGAACCCUGUCACAACCCACUGUAGUAGAAACAAACAUUCAUCUGAAGAUGCCUGCCUCUGUGCGCUCCACGCUCCAUCUUUUAAUGUGCCUCGUUGAAGAGAGUCCCAGCAGAAGUGACCCACAUCGGUUUGCUGGCUGACGUCUCACGCAACAGAUCUGACGAGCAAAUAUCGAAAAGCAGCGUAUAAAAGACGUUGUAUACCUCAUUCCCAUGUCCGUGCUGACACAUUAAAGGAGGCUUUUAUUUGUGGUUCAGCUGCAGAUUUGUCCCUCAGGGAAAUCACAAUAAAGUGCUCAAAGUUUUUUUUAAGUUUUGAGCUUUUCAGAACUGACAGGAAGUGUGCAGCAGCUUCAGGAAGAUUUCAGACUUUCUUAAUGUUUUGCACUUUUCUAACGUCGCCAGGUGCUACGUUAUAAUUAUUUUGUUAUUUUCAUGACUCUGCUCAGUAUCCCAUAAUGACAAAGCAAUAACUGCAUUUUAUACAGGUUUGUAAGUUUACUAAAACGAAAACACUGACUUAUCACAUGUCCAUAAUGAUUCAGGCCCAUUAAAAGUUUGAUCCUCAAGUAUUUUAGGGUUUGUGCAACAAACUUUGCACUCCUGGAUUGAGGAUCUUUUUCCGUUUUUCUUUGCAAGUCUUUUCAAGCUCAGUCUGGCUGGAUGUGGGUCAUCUGUGGAGAGGGAGUUUCAGAUCUCCAGGUUGAAGUCAGAGCUCUGGCUGGUCCACUGUAGGGCGUUCAGACCUGUCUCUACUGUGUGGUCUUCUCUGCAGGCUUUGGGUCAUUGUCAUGUUGGAAGGAAAAUUUUGGCCAAAGGGCAAUUUGGACCCGCCCUCCCGCAAAAACAUACGCCAGGAACUGCAAAAUACUUUUUCAUCUAUAGGUCCAAUCACACGAUAACAUUUCAAUUUUAGAGAACUUAUGCCAACUAGGCAACUUGGUUAAGAAGACGUCACCUUCAUCCGUCGUCUGCGUGAACGAUGUAAACAACUAACGAACCAAAAUUUUAUACAUUAAUUUUUAUGUAAUACUUUUCCAAAACACAGGGAGCUGCAGUACACUGUGGUCUUUAGCUCAGUAGUGUCAGGUGUUCCCUCAGCCCUGACCAGUCUCCCAAUCCCCGCUGCUAAAAAAACACCCCCACAUCAUGAUGCUGCCACCACCAUGCUUUACUGUUAGGAUGCUGUUGGACAGGUGGACUCUUGAGAAUCUUGUGUCUUCAAGAAAUAAUCUGCUGAACACUGAUUUCUUGUUCCAACUUUUAUGUUUUGUACAAAUACGUUUAGCUUCCAACAGAUGGACUCAAAUUAAGGUAUAGAAACAUUUUAACAAUCAUCAAGAAACAUAGGACCUGAGCUCAAUUUUAGGUGUUGCUGCAGAAGAUCUGUGCACUUAUGGAAAUAUUACUUCAGUUUUUUUAUUCUUUUAAUGAUUUUACUAAGUUGUAUGAAAUUCUGUUUUCCACUUCGGUACUACAGGAAACUGAGUGCAGAUCAUCCGAAAUAGUUCAAUAAUUGUAGCUUCAGGCUGUAACGUAGUAAAGCUGCAAAAAGUGAAAACUUUCUGAAGCUUCUGUCAAAGUUCAACACAGCCCAUAAAUCCAUGUCCUCUGACAAAGGCGCACAGUUUUCUAUGUAAGAUAUCUUACUCUGUGUCUCAGCAGGCACCGCUCUGUAAAUAGUGUUUAUAGGUUGUUUUGUAGGUGAAUAUUUUAAUAAUAAAAAAGAUCAAAUGUU